CCAAUCGGAUGCAUCAGCUACAUUCUACCGGAGCCGAAAUGGGUCCAUUCAUGUACCGUACCUAUCAUCCCGUACCCCUCAUCGGGUGCUCCGUGGUACCCGACUGCUGCUUUAAACGGCAGCAGUGACAUGGAAACCCCAUUGCAGUUGCAGAACGAUUUCUUUCAAGAACAGCAGUUCCAGCACUGUAAGUACCAGCAAUACUGCGGACGAGAGGAACGGAUCACCAAGCAGCGCGAGCCAUGCACCUGCAAUAACUGUACCUGUGAUCCAAGAAAAAGCCUUGUUUUUCGCGGGUCGUCGCCGACCACUGUUGGAACUUUAAGGACUCCGUCUGUAACCUCGUCAAAGCAAGGCGGUCAGUUUAGCGUUUGUGAGUUCACACCCUCUAGUCAUGGUAGUUCAACCAGACAGCAUCACCCUCACCGUCAGCAAUGCCACGAUCGGCAACUGGGCAGCCCAAGCAGCAGCCACAAAGAGAGUAACUCAUACAAUGAAAUAGCCAUGAGCAGCUGCAGAUACAACGGCGGCGUAAUGCGGCCGCUGAGCAACUUGAGCUCGUCCCGCAGAAACAUACACGAGUUUGAUUCCGAGUCUCAGCCUCUCCAACCGAUCUCUGCCGCAGACCCGUCGGACACCUUAAUAUCUAAACCGGAGAACAAUUCAACCACCCUGAUGCCUUACGCAUCGGGAGACGGAGGGGGUGGCCACAGUGGCAGUAAAUCGGGUAAAAAGAAGAACCAGAACAUUGGGGAAAAGCUUGGACACAGAAGGGCCUUGUUUGAGAAAAGGAAACGUCUCAGCGACUAUGCUUUAAUCUUUGGGAUGUUUGGGAUCGUUGUUAUGGUCAUAGAGACCGAACUCUCAUGGGGAGCUUAUGGAAAGGAGUCUUUGUAUUCAUUAGCUCUAAAAUGCCUGAUUACCCUUUCUACAAUAAUUCUCUUGGGGUUGAUCAUCAUCUACCACGCAAGGGAGAUUCAGUUAUUUAUGGUGGACAAUGCAGCGGACGACUGGAGAAUAGCCAUGACGUACGAACGCAUCUUCUUCAUCUGCCUGGAGAUUCUGGUGUGCGCCAUCCACCCCAUCCCAGGGAACUACACCUUCACCUGGACUGCACGCCUGGCCUUCUCCUACACGCCAUCCAAGACGGACGCAGAUGUGGACAUCAUCCUAUCCAUCCCCAUGUUCCUGCGUCUUUACCUCAUCGCCCGCGUCAUGCUGCUCCACAGCAAGCUCUUCACCGAUGCCUCUUCCCGCAGCAUCGGGGCCCUCAACAAGAUCAACUUCAACACGCGUUUCGUCAUGAAGACACUCAUGACCAUCUGCCCUGGCACUGUGUUGCUGGUUUUCACCAUCUCGCUGUGGAUCAUCGCAGCCUGGACUGUCAGAGCCUGCGAAAGAUACCACGACAACAUGGACAUUACCAGCAACUUUCUGGGAGCCAUGUGGUUGAUCUCCAUCACUUUUCUAACAAUUGGAUACGGGGACAUGGUCCCCAAUACAUACUGUGGAAAAGGAGUGUGUCUCCUGACUGGCAUUAUGGGUGCCGGUUGCACAGCUUUGGUGGUAGCUGUGGUUGCAAAGAAGCUGGAAUUAACCAAAGCUGAAAAACAUGUCCACAAUUUUAUGAUGGACACACAGCUGACAAAAAGAGUGAAAAACACAGCUGCAAACGUACUCAGGGAGACGUGGCUCAUCUAUAAGAACACCAAACUAGUAAGGAAGAUGGACCAUGCCAGAGUCAGAAAGCACCAGAGGAAGUUCCUCCAAGCUAUCCAUCAAGCUCGAAAAUUGAGAAGUGUUAAAAUGGAGCAACGCAAGCUGAAUGACCAAGCAAACUCACUAGUGGACCUUGCAAAGACUCAGAACAUCAUGUAUGACCUCAUCUCAGACCUGAACGAGAGAGGGGAGGACAUGGAGAAGAGAAUUGCCCUCCUGGAAACCAAGCUGGAGACGCUGCUGGGGAACCUCCAGGCCCUCCCCGGCCUCAUCAGCCAGGUCAUCAGCCAGCAGCACAGGGACUUCCUGGAGGUGCAGCUCCAGCCGUACGACAAACACAGCCCUGAGCGCUCACAAUCCGUGUCACGGCGGAGGUCGUCUUCCACUGCUCCGCCCACUUCCUCCGAGAGCAGCUAGAGUCCGAGGGGAGCACCUCCACUGAAGACUUUUGCCAUCAUAUGGUCAAGUUGCAUUUAUUGUAAAGCCUUAUGGUUUCAAUAAGUAUUAUCUGAAUUCUGAUGACAGAAUCCAAAGUUCAAGGGACACUGCGUUUUAAUGAAGAACUCAAAGCUGUUUGUUUUUUAUUACCUCAAAAAGAUGUUAUCCUUACUCUGGUGACAUGACCAUAAAAAUGAUGCUUUCCACAGUCACAACUAUAAAUCCCUAUUGAUGGGGGUGUGAUACUAACUAUUCUACUCUCUAUGCAGAGGUAGCCAGGGUGAGGGCAACAACCAGGUAUGAAAAUAUCGCACUAAAAUAGUGCUUCUCACUGACUUUGUGCUUCUACUGACUUGGUUCAGAUGCCAUGUUCCUUAAAGCAAGAUGAGGAACCAUGGGACCUGUCAGGGAGUAAAAUACUUUUAUUGAGGAAAAACUUAAUAUAUUUGAUGGAAUGAACUGAAGUGGCAACAAAGGGUAGCACAACAUUGCUCCAACACAUUGUCGCUCUGAGGUCAAUUUAAAAGCUUGAAAAUGGGGGGGGGGGGGCAUAUAUAUUUUAGGUUAGAAACAGCAUCAACUAUAGUGUUUUUUUGUUUAGUUUUCUUGCAAAGGGCCCCUGUAGAAUGACUAUUUCUGGGGCCAUGUUGAAAUUUUACUCCUCUAGUCAAAAUAAAUGCAUCUAAAUCUAUACUUGCACUUACCUUUUAAUCAAUGCACUUCAAUGCUGACUGAUGUAUGAUACAAAUAUGUGUUGCUCAUUCAAAGGACAACAUUCUAGAUGUUGGGCAUGGGUUUAUUAUUGUCAAUUCUCAAUUUCCCAGCUAUGGGUUAGUGUUGAAGAUUUAUGUCAAAUCCCUAGUGCUGUUUACCACAAGGAAACCUCCACUCAACACUGUUGAACACUCAAAUUAAGUUGUUUAGUUAUCACAUACAAAUGUUACAAUGGUAUGUAUUUUAACCCUUGGCCUUUGGCCCUCUAUAUGUGUACUGGACAUCACCCCAGUUUAGCAACAAUAACUGAAUGCUUACCAAGAACUCACUGACAAACCAUAUGUACCUUUUAAAAGAAAAUAUAUAUUUUUAUAUUUUCCUGAGGACAAGCACACCAUCUACAAAGAAGCAAAUAAUGAUGGUUAAAAUUGUGAUCAGAUAAGGAUUGCAUGGAGCUUGUUUAGAUGAGAUUGUGCAUAUUUAAUAAAGGAUUCAGGGCUAGGGUUAAGAUACUACUGUAAAUGUAAGGUUCACUAUAAACUUGGAUUUGGUCCCUCUCGUGUCUACUAUGACAAUAUACAUCAGAAUAUAAAACAUACUGUAGCAAACAUCUAGAAUGCAAUGUUUCCAUAGAGGAAUGUAUCAACUGUGGCUAAACACUCCGUUUGUCAUACUUAUGUAUGUCCAGUAUUAGGUUGAAUAGUUGUUAAAUGUCAAAAACCAGACAGCAAGAAAGACGCCUAAUUCAAAUAUACAGCUUUUCACAUGACACUUUCCUAUCACUGGGCUAAAAUGAAAAUGUUUAAUUUGAAAAGCCCCCAAAUAUGCUCUCAUUAAAACUUUGUUUUGAACUGCAAGAUUGCUGGCCAGCCGUUAUGGAACAAAGGUGAACUUCCACAUGUUAUGCACCUUUUGGUAAAUGUACCUUUUGCAAGGUUCUCAGACGUUUUGAUGAAUGUGCUAUUCAUCCAAGGAUUAACCAUCAACUCAACUCAAGAUUAAUCCCAACUACAGUACUAUAUGAUGUGACGUUGGUUUUGAUCAUGAAAAUAUUGGCAGGCAGUCAAGGAUUAUCAGCAACAUAAAAACCUAUGAGAGAUUAUAUAUAUGCGAACGAAAUAUUAAACAAUAAAAUGUUACUAUUUACCAGA